GAAAAUUGAAAUAAAUCUCCAAAUUUGGAUAAAACCUUUGGCCUUAUCUCUCGCUGCUAAUUUGAUUAUGCUUUUUAUAUUCCUUUCAUGAAUUGAUGAUAGUGGAUGGUUUUGGGAAUACCCAAGUUUUACAUCCCCAAUCCAGUGAAGACGACGACGAACUUUAGCUAGCAGCAUGAAUUUGUGUUUUCAAAAUCCCGUAGAGUGUGCUCAUCCUAGUUCCUUGUUCUUCUCUCCGUUGAAGACCUCGAAUAAGCUGGGUUGUUCUUCUUCCAAUUUAGGGUUUCAUGUUCGAUUUUUUGAGAAUCGGAAGAAGAAGAUGAAGAAAUCGCCUACGGUUACUACAGUUAAAUCCGUUUCUUCUUCUUCUUCAAUUGCGGUUGAAGGGACGAAGAGAGACGCAACAAGUACAAGAGAGAGUAUAUACGACGCCAUUGUUAUUGGCUCUGGGAUUGGAGGAUUGGUCGCUGCGACUCAGCUAGCUGUCAAAGAAGCUAAGGUUUUAGUUCUGGAGAAGUAUUUGAUUCCUGGUGGGAGCUCUGGCUAUUACGAAAGAGAUGGGUAUACAUUUGAUGUUGGCUCUUCUGUCAUGUUUGGUUUCAGCGAUAAGGGGAACCUUAACUUGAUAACUCAGGCGUUGAAGGCUGUUGGCCGUAAGAUGGAGGUUAUACCUGAUCCUACCACUGUCCAUUUCCAUCUUCCCCGAAAUCUUUCUGUUCGGAUUCAUAGAGAUUACGAUGAUUUCAUCGCUGAACUUACCAGCAACUUUCCCCACGAAAAGGAAGGGAUCCUUGGUUUCUAUGGCGACUGCUGGAAGAUCUUCAACUCAUUGAACUCUCUGGAAUUAAAGUCACUAGAAGAGCCUAUCUACCUUUUUGGACAGUUCUUUCAGAAACCGCUUGAAUGCUUGACACUCGCUUAUUACUUGCCUCAAAAUGCUGGGGCUAUAGCUCGAAAGUACAUAAAGGAUCCUCAGUUAUUGUCUUUCAUUGAUGCGGAGUGUUUCAUUGUGAGUACAGUCAAUGCUCUACAGACGCCGAUGAUCAAUGCAAGUAUGGUUUUAUGUGACAGGCACUAUGGAGGAAUUAACUACCCGGUUGGUGGCGUUGGUGGGAUUGCCAAGUCUUUGGCAGAAGGACUUGUUGAUCACGGAAGUGAUAUACUCUACAAGGCCAAUGUAAAAAGCAUAAUACUUGAUGAUGGAAAGGCUGUCGGUGUUAGGCUAGCAGAUGGAAGAGAAUUUUUCGCCAAAACAAUAAUUUCAAAUGCUACAAGAUGGGAUACGUUUGGGAAACUUUUAAAAGGAGAAAAGCUUCCAAAAGAAGAAGAAAAUUUCCAGAAAGUCUAUGUCAAGGCUCCAUCAUUUCUUUCAAUCCACAUGGGUGUUAAAGCAGAGGUUCUCCCUCCAGAUACAGAUUGCCAUCAUUUUGUGCUUGAGGACGAUUGGAAGAAUCUGGAGGAGCCUUAUGGUAGUAUUUUCCUCAGCAUUCCAACCAUUCUUGAUCCAUCUUUGGCUCCAGAUGGUCGACAUAUACUUCACAUAUUUACAACUUCCUCAAUUGAGGAUUGGGGGGGACUCCCUCCAAAAGAGUAUGAAGCGAAAAAGGAAGAAGUGGCAGCUGAAAUAAUACAGAGGCUAGAGAAAAAACUGUUUCCAGGGCUCAGUUCAUCUAUUACGUUUAAGGAGGUGGGAACACCAAGAACACACAGACGAUUUCUUGCUAGGGAUAAGGGAACAUAUGGGCCAAUGCCUAGAGGAACCCCAAAAGGUUUAUUAGGCAUGCCGUUCAACACAACGGCUAUCGAUGGUCUAUACUGCGUGGGGGAUAGUUGCUUUCCUGGUCAAGGAGUUAUAGCUGUGGCAUUCUCAGGAGUAAUGUGUGCCCAUCGGGUAGCUGCUGAUAUUGGGAUUGAGAAGAAAUCACGGGUACUUGAUACUGGCCUUCUUGGUAUACUUGGUUGGUUAAGGACACUCGCGUAAAUCUACUGAUGGUUGUGAUGAAUGACGCAAUGCAAUGCAAUGAGAAAAAAAUGACAAGAAAAAGAAGAAACAAGAGAUGGAUGUGGAAUGAUAUACUAAUAAACUAUUGUAUGUUAACUUCAACAUAUUAUUUAAAAUGAUAUAUAUACGCAUGCAGCAUGAGCAUAAUUCUUUA